AAAAUAAACUCUCACCACCACUUUCCUGGAACCGCAGAGAAUAUUUAAAGUGAACACUCCUUCAGCCUCUGCCAACAUCAUGCUUUCACUCACUAUUGUUAGUUUGGGCGUGAAAGUUUCGAUUAAAUACCGACGUUUAUAGGGAGUUGAGUGCGUGCGUUCCCUGGUUGUUACGUAGGCUGCAGUUUAACCGUUAAACAACGCGUUCAGGAACGUGAGAGGACGUCUUUGCGUCCGUGCCGUGCCAAGUAGUGUUCCGAGAAUAAAACACGGGAGAAAGUUUCUCACCGGAGGGGAGGACAAAUGGAUCAACCAGAGGAGGAGCUACAACAGAUCUCUAUAUGGCUUACUGAGGAGGGAAUCACUCCUGACUCCCCUAAGGAGGUUCAGCUGUGUGUGCUAUGGCGUGCCCUCCAGCACACAAAAUGCCAUCUGAGCAGUGUGACAUGGGAUCUGGACAAGCAGCGCUCACAGCACUCAGCAGAGUUGACAGAGGUACGCAAGUCCUUGGAGCAGAUUCGAAUCUUUACAGAGCACAAAGAUGUUCUGGCUCAGGAGAUACAAGAUGAAAAUGAUCAGCUCAAGGACCAGCUCCGGCGUCUAAUAUCCCUUCAAGAUGCCCAGAUAAGCGAGGUGGCUAAAAUGCUCUACCAGCAGGGUCUCACAGAGUUGAUUCACAGCAGCCCCAGUGAGCAGGUGGCCUACCUCCUGGUGGAGAGAGCCUCUUUACUCGAGACCAGCGAGGUCCCAGACCACCUGAAGGGUCACAGAGGCACAGAGGAGACCAAAGACCAAGCUGAGCAGCAGAGCACAAAUACACACCAGUCUUCCCACAAGGGGGCACCACAUUAUCACCAGAACCCAUGGAAGAGACUCUUUGGACUACACAAAGCAUCCCAGAGCAAACAUACUUUUAUUCCAGACACUUUGCAUGGCGGAAGAAAUUCAAGAUACUACAUGAGUAAUGCAUCCAGUGAACUUCUCAAGGCUGAAGCCAGGUGUUUGGCUAGCCAGACAAACAGUGUGCAGAGGGAAUGUUCCCGUCUGGAGCGCGACCUGGAGGAGGGCUCCCGCCGGUUGGCUAUGGCCCAUAAUGAGAUCAGGCGUUUGACAGAUGAGCUGGAGUCUGCUCAUUUGACCCUAAGAGCUUAUGAGCCAGAGCUGCAGGCUGCACAGCAGGAGGUAGAGCAACUCAGACAGGAAGUAGAAAAACUCAAAAAAUAUGAAAUGGUGGAACUGCGAAAGACAAAAGAGCUGAACGAUCGUUUGGACCUUGAAAUCAGAGCCUUGAGGGGUAGAGUACGAACCCUGGAUGCUGAGAAAAACACUCUGCAGCAGAAGGUGGUGUCUCUUCAGAGGGAGGUGGAGGGGCUGAAAUCUGACGUGGAGGAGCAGCAGCAGGCUGAGCAGCAGCUUCUCACUCUUCAGGUUCAGGGCAGCCAGGACCACGAGCAGGCUGAAAGGGGUGUGGAGCAGCUUGAGUCAGCCCUGCAGGAGCAUCAGCAGCAGGCUGAGCAGAAACUCCUCACUGUGCAGGCUCAGGCCAUCCAAGCUAACAAGUUAGCUCAAUCACAGGCAACUGAUUUGAUUCAGAGCAAUGAGAUAUGCAAAGAUUUACAAAACAAGCUAAGCGCUCAGUCCAGAUGGCUUUUGGAAAAGGAGUCAGAAAUACAAAGCCUUAAGCAGCAGCUGGAUGAUUCACACAAAGAAAUGGAUAACAUUAUAGCUGCCAUUUCCACAGAAGAAAAACAUCUUCAGGAUAACAGUUUCAUUGUAUGUCUAUGUGCGUGUUCAAGGCUCAUGAAGCAGGAAGAGGCUAAUAUACAUCAUGAUGAAAACCCUCACAGGAGACUGGAAGACUCCUUUUCAGCAAAGGAUAAAGGGCGACAGAGACUAAUACUGCUGCUGCAAAACAAGGAGAACACAAAACACAAGGACUUGCCCGGAUUUCAGGAGGCAGUGAAGACUCUGGUUGCCACUCAAGAUGAGUGUGAGAGGCUCAGAAAGGAAAUCUGUGAAACCCUUAAAUGCCUUGACAAAGAGCGGAGUAAAUACCACGAGAUGAAGGAGAAACAAAAGAUGAAGCUGCUUCGAGCUAAACGGAAACUAGAUGAAGAAACCGCAUGGCGUGAUGAAAGAAUCAGUAGUCUAGGGUGCGAGCUUUCUUUGUGUUCCCAUUCAUUGGCUAAGGAAAAAGAGCUCAUCAUAAAUAUAACUGUGGAAAAUGACAAACUGCUUGUUGAGAGGAGAAGACUACUACAACAACAACUGAAUGAGGAGGAACACAACAAGAAAGACUGUCACUUAAAAGCGUCUCUGUCCAAAUGCAGGGUUGAUUUUCUAGAGAUGGAAAACAAGAAACUUGGAAACAAAAUACUCCAAAUGUCCAAUCAGCUCAUCGCCCUGGAACGCAGCCUGCAAAUCCUGAAGUCUCCUCACCUAACGGAGGAGCUGAAGAAAAGACGUAACAGUAUGCACGUUAUAAAAUCUCUCCAUUUGGAAACAUCACGUGUGAUAACCCCUGAGCCAUCUGAAGUUCAGGGCUUGUUUGAAAAUACUCAGAGUAAGCAGCCAGACAGAACUUCCUCCCCUCGAUGUGUCCUCUCUGGACCCCUGUCUCGAUCGUCGGAGAUGGGCUACCUGAAUCUGACCUCCACUCAGAGCCUCUCAGAACAACUCAUUCCCUCAGCCAGCCUCAGCAGUUCAGACAGUACGUGUUCCUAAGACUUCUGUAUACAACAUAUAUCAACUGUACAGACAUUAUUAUAUUUUUGAUUAAAAAAAAGAACACAACAAAAA